GACUGGGCUCUUUAUAUGGGCCUGUGAUAUUUAUCCCACCACCCGUACCAUCAUCCUUAUCAAAAUCCCACGUCUCCACCUCAGACAUCAUUGAAGCGUACUGAUUGAGGCUAUGAGUCCAAAACAUGGCCUACCGGCCAUUGUUAGAUCAAAGCGUUGGUUUCCAGCAGCAUGUUCAAGCUUCCUGCUAGCUUGUUUGCUUGCCUUUACACUUCAAAUCCUUUUCUUCUCACCCAUAUCCCCAGCUGGACCGCUUGACUUGCCUCUUUCAUCUUCAGCUUCCUCCCUUCCCGCAAACAACAAAUUGCAGGGAGUUCUCAAACUUGGAGAAGGAUUUCUGAAGGAACCAGAAGACGUUUGUGUGGAUAAAGAGGGUACAAUCUAUGCUGCAACUAGAGAUGGUUGGAUUAAAAGAUUGCAUAGAAACGGGUCUUGGGAGAAUUGGAAGAUGAUGAACAGUAGUACUUUACUUGGAAUCACAAUAACCAAGGAAGGCGAUCUUAUUGUGUGCGAUUCUGAAAAGGGUCUGAUUAGGAUUGGUGAAGAUGGCGUCAAUGUUCUUGCAACACAUGUUAACGGUUCCAAAAUAAGGUUUGCAGAUGAUGUUAUAGAAGCAUCAGAUGGGAAUCUAUAUUUUAGCGUUGCAAGCACCAAAUUUGAACUCCACAAUUGGUAUCUAGAUGUGCUGGAGGGAAAACCUCAUGGGCAACUGCUAAAGUACGAUCCAUCUUCAACCGAGACAUCGUUGCUGCUUGAUGGUUUGUGUUUUGCUAAUGGUGUUGCACUCUCAAGGGACCAAGACUAUCUAGUGGUCUGUGAGACAUGGAAGUUUAGGUGCCUUAAGUAUUGGCUGAAAGGAGAAGACAAGGGAAAAACUGAAAUUUUUAUCGACAACCUUCCGGGUGGUCCUGAUAACAUCAAUCUUGCACCAGAUGGAUCUUUUUGGAUUGCUCUACUUCAGUUAACUUAUGAGGGGCUGGAGUUUGUGCACACUUCCAAGGCAUCCAAGCACUUGGUAGCAACGUUUCCAAAACUGAUUGAAAAGGUAAAUGGCGUUUACAGGAAAGCAACGGUUGUAAAUGUGGCAACAGAUGGCAAGAUAAUCAGGAGAUUUGAUGACCCAAAUGGAAAGGUGAUGUCCUUUGUGACUGCAGCCAUGGAAUUUGAGGAUCAUUUGUAUUUGGGAAGUCUGAACUCCAACUUUGUUGGAAAACUACGGCUAAAAGAUUCGUGCAACUUAAAGCAUUGAACGUACGUAGAUCAAA